UAGAUAAAAGAAGGUUUUAUCUUCCCUGGAUUACAAAGGUUAGGCUUGUCAAAGGGCAUGCAGGUGCGCUCUGCAACAUUUGCACCACUUUCCCCUUUGCACAGCCUAAGGUGUGCUGUGAUUUUCAGUUGCCUGCCAGGCGGCCGACACUGCAGACUUUGACUGUAAACAGGCAUUGCAAAAACAAGAAGACUGUUGAGAUAAGCAUUUUCUUUUUUUCUGCUGCAGCCCGUUUUUUGCGCGCUUUAACUAUGUGGCUUUAUGAUUUUUUGAUGAGCUUUGACCUGAAGGGGCUUUUUUUGUUUCUUUUAUCAUUUCUUCUGAUAGCUGAUUACGUGAAGAACAGGAAACCAUCAAACUUUCCUCCAGGACCAAGAGCUCUUCCCUUCGUGGGAAAUAUCUUGACUUUGGACAGCAAGCACCCACACGUUUAUUUCACCAAGCUGGCCGACCUCUAUGGUAGCGUCCUCAGAGUCCGCCUGGGCCGGGAUACGUUGGUGAUUGUGAGCGGAUAUAAGAUGGUGAAAGAGGCCAUUGUGACGCAAGCUGAGAACUUUGUGGACCGGCCGUACGAUGCAAUCGCCGACAGGACUUCCACCGAGCCCUCAGCUGGUCUAUUCUUGAGCAACGGCGAAAAAUGGAAGAGACAGCGACGUUUUGCUUUGUCUACGUUACGUAACUUCGGUCUGGGGAAGAACAUGCUGGAGCUCAGCAUCUGUGAGGAGAUCCGACACCUGCAGGAGGAAAUAAAGAGUGAAAAAGGUAAACUUUUCAGCCCAGCAGGCCUCUUCAACAACGCUGUGUCCAACAUCAUCUGCCAGCUUGUCAUGGGGAAAAGAUACGACUACACUGACCACAGGUUUCAGACGAUGCUGAAGUACAUGUCUGAGGUGAUUUGGCUGGAGGGGAGCAUUUGGGGCGAACUCUAUCGGGCAUUCCCCAGAGUGAUGAACUAUUUGCCAGGUCGUCACAACAAAAUCUUCAGGAUUUACAACACCAUACAAGAUUUCCUUCACGAGGAAAUACAAGAGCACAAGAAGGACUUGGACCAUAACAAUCCUAGAGACUACAUUGACUCUUUUCUCAUUGAGAUAGAGAACCAAAAAGACUCCAACCUGGGCUUCACCGAGAGCAACCUGACUUUCUGCUCUCUUGACCUCUUCCUGGCAGGAACAGAAACAACAGCCACCACGCUGCAGUGGGCUUUGAUUUUCCUGAUUAAAAACCCCGACAUCCAAGAGAAAGUCCAGGCAGAGAUUGACAGAGUGAUCGGACAGAGUCGCCAACCCUCCAUGGCCGACAGACAGAACAUGCCGUACACUGAUGCUGUGAUCCAUGAGAUCCAGAGGAUGGGAAACAUUGUUCCUCUGAAUGGAUUCAGGGUCGCUGCCAAGGACACAACUCUGGGUGGCUAUUUCAUACCAAAGGGAACAUCUGUGAUGCCCAUGCUGACAUCUGUACUGUUUGACAAAUCUGAAUGGGAAACUCCAGACACCUUCAACCCCGGACACUUCCUGGAUGCCAAUGGAAAGUUUGUGAAGAGAGAAGCAUUCCUCCCGUUCUCUGCAGGGAAACGUGUGUGUCUUGGUGAAGGCCUCGCUAAGAUGGAGCUGUUCCUGUUUUUGGUCGCCUUGCUGCAGAAGUUCACUUUCUCUGUUCCUGACGGAGUCGAGCUGAGCACUGAAGGAAUCACGGGAGCGACGCGCGUACCUCACCCCUUCAAAGUGUCUGCUGAGGCUCGCUGACAGAUCCGCCAUUACCGUUUGAUCUCCAGAGAAGAA